AUGGCGUGCAAGAGUCAGUCUUCGCGCCAGCUGCUGGGACCUUUGCUUCCACCCAAGGACGUGGAGGAGGAGGAUAUUGAGUAUCUCAAGGAGGAUGAAGAGGAGGAGGAGGACGACUCUGCGUUCGUGGACGCCGAGGAGCUCUGCAGCGGGGGAGUGGUAGCUGGCAGUCUACCUGGGCGCCUCCAUGUUAAAAUUAUUGAUGAAAACACUCAAGAGAAUUGUGAUGUAUUUGGACGUUUUCCAAUGACCAAUCCUUGGUGGCGAGUGAAGGUUCACGUAAAACCUCUGGGAAAGAAGAACUAUCAAACUCAAGGAUUUCCAUCUUACUUUUUACAGUAUGAUAUGGCACCACCAAAUCAAGAACACAUCUGUUCCCUUUUUCUGAAGGAUUGUAAUGUCUCUGCUGAAAAUAGAAAUAAGUUCUCAGUAUGGAUAAAUGAAGUCUCAAGUUACAAAAACCUCAACUUUGGAAAUCUUAGGGAAACACUGAGAACAUUCCAGAAGGAAAUGGAAAGGAAGGAACAAAAGCAAUCGAAACAGAGAAAUCAGGAAGAAUUACCCCUGGAUUCUGAAAUGAACUUUAUGGUAGAAAACAAAAUUCCAUUUAUGAUUGUCAUGACAGCUUUGCAGUUUCCCAAAAUAAUGGAAUUCCUUCCAAUUCUUCUGCCUCGACAUUUUAAAUGGCUCAUAAGGUCAGGUUCUGAAGAUGUGUUGGAAACCAUAGAAGAGAUUUUAACUACAAAUCCAUGGAAACUUGGAUUUAGUAAACUAACCUACAAAGAGUUGAAUCUUCUGCGAUGUGAGGCCAGUUGGACGGCAUUUAGUCAAUGUGAAUCUCUUCUUGCACUGAUGACUGACUUGGAGAAGAAUGCUUUAAUAAUAUAUUCUAAACUGAAGCAGCUCUGCCGAGAAUAUGGACACACAUAUGUGGAAGUAACUGAUUUAACAUCCCUAUUGUCAGAAUUCAUGUUUUUCCCAGACGCUUGCCAAUCUCUGAAGUUCAUGAAGGAUAUUGGUGUAGUGACAUAUGAGAAAAGCUAUGUCUUUCUUUCUGACUUAUACCAAGCUGAAAAAGAUAUUGCCAUUUCAAUAGGAGAUCUGAUGACCAGACCUUCGUGGCAUUUGCAUAUUGAUGUUGAAAAGGUGCUUACUUCUAUUCACCCCACAAAACCAGAGGAUCCCAUAAGCAAUGACACAUUGAAUGAAAAUCAACCUGAUGAAUCAAGAUUGGAAGACUCUGUUCACAUUCUGGACACACAGAACAGCCGAGACCAUCUCUGGGAUGACACGGAGAAUAAAGUCACUGCUGAAAUCAGUGAAGUACCACUGGAUCGGGAUCAGGUGACUGCAUUGGAAAUGAUUUGUUCUAAUGCUGUGACUGUCAUAAGUGGCAAAGGUGGUUGUGGGAAGACCACAAUCGUCAGCCAUCUCUUUAAGCACAUUGAGCAGCUGGAAGAAAGUGAAGUAGAAAAAGCUUGUAAAGAUUUUGAGCAGGACCAGGACGUCCCAGAAGAAUGGAUGGACUUUACUGAUGAAAACCUAAUGAAGACAGAGAGGGCCAUAGAAGUUUUACUUACAGCACCUACGGGCAAGGCGGCUGGUUUACUGAGACAGAAAACAGGUUUACAUGCCUACACACUGUGCCAGGUCAAUUAUAGUUUCUAUUUAUGGAAGACAAAAGUGGGGAUCAAGGACAAUAACAAGCCGUGGAAAUUUGCUUCUGUUAGAGUUCUGGUUAUGGAUGAAGGGAGUUUGGUGUCUGUAAGAAUCUUUAAAUCAGUUUUGAAUUUAUUGUGUGAGCACUCCAAACUCUCCAAGCUUAUUAUCCUUGGUGAUAUUAGACAGUUACCCAGCAUUGAACCUGGUAACUUGCUGAAAGAUCUUUUUGAAACUCUUAAGCCAAGACAUUGUGCAAUUGAAUUAAAGACAAAUCAUAGAGCAGAAUCUGAGCUAAUUGUGGACAAUGCUACAAGAAUCUCAAGACGUCAGUUUCCAAAAUUUGAUGCAAAGUUGGAGAUUUCUGAUAAUCCAAUAUUUCCUGUCUCAAUUGAAGAUAAAACAUUUAUUUUUGUCAGACUCCCAGAGGAGGAUGCAUGUUCUCAGCCAUCAAAAAGUAACCAUUGCUCUUAUUUAUAUUCUGCAGUAACAACAUUACUCAAAGAAAAUGAUCUACAAAACGCAGAAACGUCACAAUUUAUUGCAUUUAGAAGACAAGACUGUGACGUGAUUAACGCCUGCUGUUGCAAACACUACACGGGCCACCUCAUCAAAGACCAUCGGAAUAGAUUUGUAUUUGGAGUUGGUGAUAAAAUUUGUUGUACCAAGAAUGCAUAUCUCUCAGACGUCCUCCCUAGGGAGACUUCCAGCUCUCAGCAAAAUAAUGAACUAGAGCCCAGUGGUAAAGACUUUCAUGAUCUUCCUUCUGGUUUUGCUAAACAUAAGCUUAACUUUGAAAGUGGUAUUCGACUCUGCAAUGGAGAAAUAUUUUUUAUAACGAAAGAUGUAACUGAUGUAACUUUUGGGAGGAAACGAUAUUUGACUAUUAAUAACAUGGCUGGCUUGGAAGUUACUGUGGAUUUUGAUAAGUUAAUGCAUCAUUGUCAAAUAAAACACGCAUGGGCAAGAACUAUUCACACUUUCCAGGGUUCCGAGGAGCACACGGUCGUGUACGUGGUGGGCUGGGCAGGCCGCCAGCACUGGCAGCACGUUUACACAGCAGUGACCCGGGGUCGCCGAAGAGUUUAUGUCAUAGCUGAGGAGUCUCAGCUCCGCAGUGCCAUCGCGAGGAAUAUCAUCCCCAGGAAAACUCGUUUGAAAUACUUUCUGCAAAGCCAGCUCUCUGACACCAAUGCCUCUGCUGCUACAGGCCCGGCCUCUCUAUCAAGGAACUCAGAGGACAAUGGGGAGCCCAGGAGCACAGGGCAUUAUGGGGAGCCCAGAAGCACCCAGCCUCCAGCCUCACAGCCCCCCAGCACACCGCCUUCAGCCUCGCCUUUUGCAUUCACAGCCUGUGACCUGGGGACUAGCAAUAUCCCCGGUUCCUCUGUCGCUGAUGAUGAGCUGUUCCUUUCUCCUGAAGAAUGGAAACAAUUAUUGUCCAGUGAAACUGGUUCAGAUGAAGAUCCAGUAAACUCUCGAGGGUCCAAAAGAACUGGGGGUGCCAACGAUGGGGAAAGUCCCCACAAAAUCCAGAUGGUGGAAGAAUCACCUCAUGUGUCUUCUAAGCUUCAGAAUUUGAGACUAAACAGUUUAACUCCCAGACAACUUUUCAAGCCCACAAAUAAUCAAAAAACUUAAUCUUACUGUCACUUGCUCAGAACCUUUUUU